ACGUGCCCUCUUCUAAGAUGGCCGCAGUGCAGGCGGCGCCAGUAUCUUCACGUUGUUCCCGGAACUGAGUGAUGCGAAGGAAGUUGGACGGAGGAAUUGGGAGGGAAGGAGCUGCGCUUACCCUGACCAGCGGCGAUCAGCCAAGGCAAGACGGCAAACAGCCCCAGGGGGGCGGGGAAGGUGCGUGCUCAAACGGAGGGACAAAGAGAGAGAGAAAAGUGUGCAUGCAUCCAUGGUUCUGAACUGUCUCGUCCUCACAAGGAAUAUUCCAUGAUGACUCCCAAGUGAUUACUGAAAGUGUUACAACUUGAAGAUGAUAAAAACCUCAGGCUAUCAAAUAUGCUAAAAAAUGUCGUCCUCCUCAGCUGGGUUUUAUCCCACAAGGGAAAAGAUUCAGCUGUGAAUUCCAUUACAAGAUUGGUUAUAAGUUACCAAAACGACCAACCUCCACAAAUAUAGAAAUGGGUGGAAUCAUUUCCAGAUGGCGGCAGGCAAAGCCUUCCACAAUAGAAGUGUUGGAAAAAAUUGACAAGGAUAUCCAGGUGCUAGAAGAGUUUAGAGAAAAAAAUCAGAGGCAGCAGAAACUUUGGGUUGGAAGGCUUCUCCUCUAUUCAUCUGUUCUCUAUCUGAUCACCUGUUUAAUAAUCUAUUUGUGGUAUCUUCCUGAUGAAUGGACAGCAAGGUUCAUUAUGACACUGCCACUUUUUGCAUUUCCACUGAUAGUUUGGUCGAUAAGAACACUCCUCAUUUUCUUCUUUUCCAAGAGAACAGAAAGAAACAAUGAAGCUUUAGAAGAUCUAAAGUCUCAGAAGAAAAAAAUACUUGAAGAAGUAAUGGAAAAAGAAACUUAUAAGGCUGCUAAAUUAAUCCUUGAGAGGUUUGAUCCAGAAGCCAAGAAGGCAAAGGAUGUUGAACCGCCAUCUGCUGGAGCAUCUGCAGUUCCAAGACCUGGCCAAGAACUUCGUCAUCGAACCCCAGUGCGAGGGAACGUGUCUCCCCCUAUCUCAGUUACCCCAAAACAGGGGUCUCCUAAAGCAUCGGGUCCGAUGCCACUGUCUCCCAGUUUGCAGAGAGAGACCUCAGCUCCUGGUGGACCUCCUGAGAGAACUCUUACAUCAGCUUCGCAGCCAAAUGUGUUAUCGAGACAUCCUGGAUCCCGUGCUACUUCAAUGCCUGGAAUGGGUCUUCAUCCUCCAGGCCCUCCAUUGGCAAGACCGAUUCUUCCUCGUGAAAGGGGAGCAUUGGAUAGAAUUGUUGAAUAUUUAGUUGGAGAUGGUCCACAGAACAGAUAUGCACUUAUAUGCCAACAGUGUUUCUCGCAUAAUGGAAUGGCCUUGAAGGAGGAGUUUGAAUACAUUGCAUUUAGAUGUGCCUACUGCUUUUUCCUGAACCCUGCACGAAAAACAAGACCACAAGCUCCACGACUUCCCGAUUUCAAUGCUGAAAAAAUGCAACCUGCAGAGUUGCAGAGUAUGACUGAACCUUUGCAGUCGAGUGAGGAAAAGCUGCAAGAGACUGAAAUAGUUGAAGAACCUUUAGAAGAAGCCACCCCGUCUACUGAGCCAGACCUAGAAAAUGAGAAAACACUGACUGAAGAACACAGUGAUAAAGUAGCUGGAGAGACGGUAAAGGAGCAACUAUCAAGUGAAACCAAAACUGCAAUUGCAAAUGAGGAGUUUGCUGUUCCAGCUGACCAAAGAGAAGAAGCCCUGGCAGAAGCAGAAUAAGUGCCUAAUUGUGUUAGCUGUAUUUCUUUAAAUUGCUACUUUUUCAGGAGGGUUGCUUUCAAAAGCGGAUUAUGUCUUCACUCUUAUGAGCUCAAGACUGCCACUUCCACAGUAUAUUAAAGCUAUGAUACUAUGAGGUAUUGUGUUACAAGCAUGUGUUUAUUUUGUGAGUUAAAGCAUUUCAGAAUGUGCAAGGUAGCUAAAGUUUAACUCAAGCACAGAUAGCCUUACUUUUUGUUUUCCAUACUUAAAGUCAACAUGCUUAAAGGAGUAUUUUCCAUAUGAGUGAUCUAAAAUAUAGUAGGAUUUGUCAUUGAACAAAGAGAUGUAAAUGACUAAAAAGAUAUGUAAUUUAAUUUUGGGGUUAUUAACAGAUUUUUUUGGUAAUAUUUAGCUAUUGAAAUGAAUAACUUUUAAAUACCUAGAUGUUUACAGGAGAAAAGGUGCUUAGGCAUUUAUCAUAAGCAGUAUGAAAGUGUCAUUACUGUUAACACUUAGUCACUCCUAAUGCUUUUAUUUUCCUUGAGAGAAUACAGUUAAAGGGGCAGUCCGAAGUACAAUAUCUCCUUUUGGGGCUAAUUGCAUAGCAGAUGGGCUAAAGACAUGUGAAACAGAUGGCUAGCUUGUGUUUACAUGAAGUGUAGGAAUCUCUGCACUUGAUUGUACUUGAAUACUGAACAUUUAUUUAUAUCUGUACAAUAAUGACAAUAUAAGUGAACUUUGUGUAUUUUGUUAAAGGAAAAUAAAAGACUAUAUAAUGUA